GCUGUGCGGCUGGUUCACAUUAACUGCGCUGACUAGCCGUGCAAGUCGCAGGUCUGUCCAGCCCUGUGCACGAUCUUUAGCAGAUUCUCAAUGGAUACAAUUCUGCUAAAGUGGAGAAAAAAAUGCAGAUUCCAAGAUAGUUUUGUUUUUGUGUGGUUUCACUACAACCCUCCCAUCCCUGUGUGUGUAGGCUGUGUGUGUGGGCGGGGACCAUGGAUAAAUAGAGCCACACUCUUCUCUUGUGCGUAAACACGUAGAGCCGUGGACCUUGCUGGGACACUGAGCUCUCAGGUUGGCUGUGAAUUAAUGCAAAACCUUCACAUGAAUGAAUAAGCUUUGAGAAGGACCUAUACUUUUUGCCGUUUAGGCUAACACACAGUCACUUUUUAUCACGUAAAAUCGAUGAAGACAGACACCAGAAAAUUGGAAACAUUUCGUCAUGUCAAAUAUGGAGCGUUCAUUCUUGGGCAAACCAAUGAUCCAUUUGCUGCCACGGUGGAAGACAAUCCACUUUUGUUAGAGAGAUGCACUGGCUGUUUCUGAGGAUGCUUUGAACUUUAUAAAAGAUUCUUUCAGCCUUGUUCCUGAAAAGGCAUCGGAACAAUACUCCUGGGAUCAUCUGCACACUUAGCGCAUUGCGUAAUUGGCAGGGAAAUAUGCCCUUGUCCGUUAGAAAGGCUACACAUAAUGUUUGGACUAAUCUCUGCGGGAAGGCGUUUAUUGCACCACGUAUGUUGUAAACGCAGCAGACACAAGGAUGAGAGUGUUUAGCUUGCGUGGGAGAAGUCGGCACCAGAUGCUGCUGGCGCUCGGUUGGCUGUUUUUGGCUCUUACGAGGAGCUCAGCAGUUUCCAGAUGUGUGAACCAUGCCUGUAGUCCACCAAUUGGGAACCUGGCUAGUGGCAGGACCCUGAUCACCCACUCAAGCUGCUGUGGGAACAGCUCCUUCCUACACAGCGCUUGCCCCCAUCCUCCGGUAACGCCCCACCUCCGCUGCCCUGAGGACACCCACCCAUCUGCUCACAUGACUGAUGACCCUUUCUUGCAUCCAGAUACCUGGUGGGCAUCAGGUGCAGGCACCACCAUGCAGGAACAGCAGGAUGAGAUCCGCUUGGACCUUGAAGCCCAGUUCUGUCUGUCCCAUGUAGUUUUAGUGUUCAGGUCACCACGGCCUGCUGCCAUGGCCAUCGAGCGUUCAGCUGACUUUGGAAAGACAUGGGAAGUUCUUAAGCUCUUUUCACACAAUUGCAGCAUGGAGUUUGGUUUGCCUGAUGAUUUUACUCAGCCAGGGUCUUUGUGUACAUCCCGUUAUACAAGUGCUACACCCUGCAGUGGGGGGGAGGUGAUAUUACGGACACUAGACCCAAGCAGUGCUAAAACACUGGACCCUUACAGUCCAGAGACCCUCGCCCGCCUCACACUCACUAACCUCCGCAUCAGACUGCUAAAAGCUCAGACUUGUCCGGCACCUCAAAAUCCACCUGCAGAAUGGACAAGCCCCACAGCCUCAGCUCUGACUUCCACAUCCUCAACAGAAAGCUCAACCUACACUCCUUAUGCUAUUUAUACUUUACUGGCCAGAGGGACCUGCCUGUGCUAUGGACAUGCUGAGUAUUGUGUACCAUACAACAGCAGCCAAGACACAAGACAGGACAGUGACAUGGUGUCUGGUAGGUGCCUAUGUACUCACCACACAGCAGGAGAUCACUGUGAGAAGUGUGCCCCUCUCUACAAUGAUCGUCCCUGGAGGCCUGCCAACAGCAGCAGUGGGGAGUCCAACCCAUGCCAGAAGUGCCAGUGUCACGGCCACACAGAUAGCUGUCACUUUUCUCAGCGGGCAUGGCUUUCCUCCGGCGGCACCAGUGGGGGAGUUUGUGAUGACUGCAGACACAACACUGUCGGGCGCAGGUGCCAGCGCUGUCGCCCCGGCUACCACCGGCACCCAUCCCUGCCCCUUAACUCCCCCCACACAUGUACACGCUGCUGGUGUGAUCCACAGGGCUCUUUGCCUCCUCGUCCUGGAGAGGAGAGACCCUGGUGCCACCCUAGAGGCGGGCAGUGCCACUGCAAAUCUGGUGUAGGCGGCACAAGCUGCAGACACUGCCUGCCUGGCUAUUGGGGUUUUGGAGAGGAUGGCUGUAAACCCUGCACUUGCACUCACAGCUGUGAUCAAACCAAUGGGCAGUGUCUGGACAGCUACUCAAAUAUCCAGGUGUCCAAUGUGCCCAUUGGUGGAAAAAUCCCUGAUUUGGAUCACACGUUCACAGUAGAAGAAGAGGUACAGUGGUCAAAGGAGCUUGCCGUCUCUGCUCUGCAUUACACAGGAAAGUGUAGCUGUAAGGAGAAAAAGCUGAGGAGUGUGUCUGACCUCUGUACGACCAAACAUGAUUAUGUGAUCAAAGCCACUGUGCUGUCUGCUCAUGACAAAGGCAGCCACGCAGAAGUGCAGGUCAAAGUUCGCAAGGUCCUUCAAUCAAGCAAAGUGGCGCUCUACUUGGGAACCAUCCAUAUCUAUCCACUGUCGUGGACCAGCCGCGGCUGCACCUGUCCUAUUCUGAACCCAGGUAUGGAGUACCUGCUAGCAGGCCCAGAGGAGGCUGGGACAGGCCGUCUACUGGUCACCAUGCAGAGUGUGGUUGUCCCGUGGACACCCCGACUUGGUCUACUUAUAUCUGAGAGCCUGAGGACUGGAUGCACAUGAACAUACAGUAGAUCCAAAAAGGCGGGACAGGCUUUAGAGGAUUUCCCAAGAAAAUUUGAGUGGAAAAAUCAGAAAAGGGACUUAAAACCACUGGACAACAGCUGUGUCAUCAGGAGGAAAUUAUCCAAACUGAUGAUCAGUCC